AUGUCUUCAAUUGUAGAAGAUAUUUGUGAAUUAUUGGACAGUUACAAUGGGAGAGAUAAGAUUGUCCGAUUAUCAUGCUAUGCAUUUAAGCUAUAUGGUUGCAUCAAAGGUGAAAAGUCGUGGCAGACAGCAGGCUCCCGACUAUCAAAUGCCAGGAUGAUGUUACGUCUCUUUGAUGAUAUUCCUAUGAUCCGUCAUACUUAUCAUUAUGGCCUAGGUAGACAUGAGUCGUCAAAAAUAGCAGCACUCCUGGGUGUGCUAGCAAAUAUGGUGGACCAGGCGUUUUUGCCAGUUGAGAAGGCUUGUUGGCUCCAUGACGUUGGCAUCUUAAAACUAUCACCGAAGACCGCUGACACCUCGGAGGUCAUAAGCACAGCACUUUGGGCCAUCAGUCUUUAUAUUUCGCUGCUACAAACUUUCCGAUCGCUGCGCCAUCUAUGGUGGAGCAGGGACUGUCUGCAGAGUUGCUCUGAAGACGGGGGCGCGGUAGCGCGGGAGGGCAUCGACGUGAGGAUCGCUCUGCAAGCGGUCACGGCAGGGAAACUGUGCCUGGACAUUGCCCACGCGGUGAGCUGUCUGCCCCCGGGCUGGCUUUGGGGCGACCGCAUAGGACCCACGAAGGUGGCCGCCGUCGCCACCACCUCCUCGCUGAUCGGCAUCGCACUCUAUUUCGCAAGGAAACGCCUACUGAAG